CACCUCGACCAAUUUCCAUCGAAAACAACCUCGGAUGUAUGCCGGUACAUCAGUAGAAGCAGCUCGUAAACUAUUAAAUAUAUAAAUUAAUUGUAGGUUUUUAACGUGUAUUUUGUACAUCAAAGUUUAAAUUGAUUGCCAGCGAAGUGAAUUAUUCAUAAAUGAGCAAUAUUCACAAGAGUAAAGUCAUUAAGUUUAUUAAACUAAAUUGAAAUUACUACGCGAACUUAAAUGAAAAUAUUUCUGACAUUGUAAACCGUCCACGUUUUCGAUGGAAACUGGCCGAGGUGUUCCGAAUGACAUUUUGGUACAGUUUACGUACAGUUGCACUUAUAAUACAACUGUAUCAAUACCAUUGUUUAAAAUCAGUGAUAAUCACUACAAUUAUCAUCAGAAUGCAUGUCAGCAACUGCAUACGAGAUAAAAGGUUACCGUAUACAUUUGAUACAACGUUUAUAACUAAAAUCGCAAUAAAUCAUGCAUCGUACUGGAAGCUCUAAGAUCAGUGUGAUAUUCGGAUUUGGAAUUAUUUUCCUCACUACAUUGUUGGCUGUCGAAACACGACCCUCGGCUGUGGUCGACAAAAUCAAUGGCGAGGGACCUUCGUCAGACGCGCCACCUACAGUCAGCAAUGCGACACAAGUCACUGAUGAAUUCCGAGAUGAUGACUUUGUGGCAGCAUUUGUAAAGAAUCAGAAUGAACCGACGACAGAAACUUCUCAGCCGUUGACAAAAUCAAGAGCUAUUGACACUACACCACCAACAAACGCUACUAGUGCUCAUCCAAGUCGAAAAACACCAAAACAAAUGAUACCAGCUUUUAACCCACUGAACAUAAACGCUAAAGCGUCCAUAAAAAUGGCAAACCCCCUCCAAGUUAUUAAUCCAAAUUCAAUGACGGCAAUGCCAAACACAGAGGAGUCAGCAACCGCUGCAACUACAACACCAGAGCCAACAAACAACAACACUGACACACCAGAGCCAGCAACCGCAACAACUACAGAACCAGAGCCAGCUGCCACACCAACUUCAAAGCCAGAGCCAGCUUCCGCAUCAACAACAAUGAAUACAACGACCGCAUCAACAACAACAACAACAACAAAUAAAACAACCUCAUCACCAACAACAUUUUCAACAACCGCAUUAACAACAACAACUACAACAACCGCAUCAACAACAGCAACAAAAACUACAACAACCGCACCUACAACAACAGCAAAGUCAACAACCGCAUCAACAACAACUACAACAACCGCACCAACAACAACAGCAAAGUCAACAACCGCAUCAACAACAACAACUACAACAACCGCACCUACAACAACAGCAAAGUCAACAACCGCAUCAACAACAACAACUACAACAACCGCACCAACAACAACAGCAAAGUCAACAACCGCAUCAUUAACAACAAAACCAACAACCCCAUUAACAACAACAACUAAAUCAACUACCGCAUCAACAACAACAAAAUCAACAACCGCAACAGUAAAAACACCACGACAUAACAGUGGGUACUAUCUUGACCCCGGGGCUUUCGUUGGUGGUACUGUGUUCGGAAUCAUAGCACUCUAUAUAAUGUACUUUGUGUAUAAGAAAGUGCAGAAUCACCGAUCCAGUGGCUUCCAAUACGGAUUAGUGCAAUAA